AGGGGAGAGGCAGCCGGAGGGCAAACCAAAGAGACUGAGUGGGAAAGCGCUCUCUUCCCACUAGGAAAACAAGAUUUGUCUGCUGUGCUUUGGGCUGCAAGCAGACUUGAGCUGUGAGUUACACUUUUGCCUCCGAUACUGUACUCUUCCACAAACACACAUUUGCUCCAAUCGGACAGCAAAGCACAACUGAUGGUUGACGUGAGUACAGCAGCACUGCCCACGCAGGUGCCCCCCACGGCCACAACUAUCCUCCCUAUGGACCUGCGGUUGGUUGACCACCACCAUCAACAGACCCCUUAUGGAUUACAUCCCCAACCACAACCAACAGCACCAACAUCCACCACUUCUGAUGAGCCAGGCAAUGGGCCAGUCGUUAACCACCAAGCGCAGCAGCUGCAGCAGGAGCUGGUGGCUCUCAAACACAAGCAGCAGCUCCAGAGACAGUUACUUAUCGCAGAGUUUCAGAGGCAGCAUGAACAGCUGUCGAGGCAACAUGAAGCCCAGCUGCAUGAACAUAUCAAGAACCAACAGGACUUAUUGGCAUUGAAGCACCAGCAAGAGCUGUUGGAGCAUCAGAGGAAGAUCGAGCAGCAGCGUAAUGAGAUGGAGUUGGAGAAGCAGCACCGGGAACACAAGCUCCAGCAGCUCAAAAACAAGGAGAGGGGACAAGAAAGUGCGGUUGCCAGCACAGAGGUAAAGAUGCGACUACAAGAGUUUGUCCUGAACAAGAAGAAAGCCUUGGCUCAGCGAAACCUAAACCACUGUUUGUCCAAUGAUCCACGUUACUGGUAUGGGAAAACGCAACACAGCUCUUUGGACCAAAGCUCGCCUCCCCAAGCAGCUUUGUCAGCGUACCACCAUCCAGUGUUAGGUGCAUACGACUCAAAAGAUGACUUCCCACUACGCAAAACAGCAUCUGAACCCAACCUGAAGCUUCGUUCCAGACUAAAGCAGAAGGUGACAGAGCGCCGUAGCAGCCCUCUCUUGCGUAGGAAAGACGGCCCCAUCCCUGCUGCAAAGAAACGCUCCCUGGACAUUGCUGUGUUUUUCUUCCCAGAGUCUGCAUGCAGCAGUGCACCGGGCUCUGGUCCCAGUUCCCCCAACACCAGCUCCAGUAACAUCCCCCAUGAGAAUGGCAUCCCCAUGUCCAGCAGCCCAGGAGAGGCGUCCUUGCUUCAACGGUUGGUUUCAAGGGAUGGGUCAGUCAGCCAGCUCUCGCUUUACACCUCCCCUUCGCUGCCCAACAUUACCCUCGGAUUGCCAGCUACAUGCCCGGGUAGCAAUACAAUAUCAGGACAUCAAGAUCCUGAGAGUUGCCUGGCACUGUCUGCGUUGCAGCGGGGCAUUCCUUUAACCUCCCCUUUCCUGCCUACUGCCCACUUGCCCCCCUACUUGGCAUCUUCAGGUCUGGACAGAGAGGGAGCUGGAGGGGGCACAGCUGGUCAUGUUCCCCUUCUCCAACACAUGGUGCUGUUGGAACAGAGCCACAGUCCAAUGGUUGGUUUAAGCGGCCUCCCACUACCGUCAUCGUCGAUCUCUAAGCUUGUGCGAGGCCACCACCCAUUGGGUAGAACCCAAUCAGCCCCCUUACCCCAACAGCAGUGUGGUCAAGCCCAGGCAUUGCAGCAGCUGGUGGUCCAGCAGCAGCACCAGCAGUUUCUGGAAAAGCACAAACAACAGUUCCAGCAGCAGCAACACAUCAUCAACAAGAUGAUGUCUAAACCCAGUGAUCAAGGCUCAGCUGUCAGCUCCACUACAUCCGUGUCAUCCAGGCAUCAUCAGAGUCACCCAGAGGAGACAGAAGAAGAACUCAGGGAGCACCAAUGUCUUUCAUCCUCCUCCUCCUCCUCAUCUUCUUCUUUGACCAUUAAACAAGAACCCCUCGACCCUCAAGAGCAAGAAGAGAGGGAGCAGAGGGAGAGGCAGGCUGAACAGGAGCUCCUGUUCCGACAGCAAGCUCUGCUGCUGGAGCAGCAGCGCAUCCAUCAGCUGAGGAGCUACAGGGCCUCAAUGGAAGCUGCAGGAUUGUCAGUGAGCUUUGCAGGCCAUCGCCCCCUCUCUCGGGCCCAGUCAUCUCCAGCCUCCUCCUCAUCUUUCCCCAUGAUGGUGCAGGAGCCAACUGCCAAGCCACGUUUUACUACAGGUCUGGUGUAUGACUCCUUGAUGCAAAAGCAUCAAUGUAUGUGUGGUAACACAAACACUCAUCCAGAGCAUGCAGGUCGCAUUCAGAGCAUCUGGUCCCGCCUACAGGAAACAGGCCUAAGGGGACACUGUGAGUGUAUCCGGAGUAGGAAAGCCACAUUGGAGGAACUACAGACAGUCCACUCUGAACACCAUGUUCUGCUGUAUGGAACCAACCCACUGCGACAGAAACUGGACUGUUCUGCCAGUCCGAUGUUUGUGAGGUUACCGUGUGGAGGCAUUGGGGUGGACAGUGACACCAUCUGGAAUGAGGUCCAUUCAUCCAGCGCGGCUCGUCUGGCAGUUGGUUCUGUGGUGGAGCUGGUCUUCAAAGUAGCAUCAGGAGAACUGAAGAAUGGUUUUGCGGUGGUGCGACCACCUGGACACCAUGCUGAGGAGAGCACUCCUAUGGGAUUUUGUUACUUUAACUCGGUGGCCAUAGCAGCCAAGCUCUUGCAGCAGAGGCUCAGUGUCAGCAAGAUCCUCAUUGUGGACUGGGAUGUUCACCAUGGCAAUGGCACCCAGCAGGCCUUCUACACUGACCCCAAUGUUCUUUACCUGUCACUGCAUCGAUACGAUGACGGUAAUUUUUUCCCUGGAAGUGGAGCCCCCGAAGAGGUUGGCAGCGGCCCCGGUACGGGCUUCAAUGUGAACAUGGCAUUUACUGGAGGACUUGAACCUCCCAUGGGUGAUGCAGAGUACCUUGCAGCUUUCAGGACUGUAGUGAUGCCUAUUGCCAAUGAGUUUGCACCAGAUGUGGUUCUGGUAUCUUCUGGUUUUGAUCCAGUGGAAGGACAUGCUCCACCACUGGGUGGAUACAAACUGACUGCCAAAUGCUUUGGCUACCUGACCAGGCAGCUGAUGGGCCUGGCGGGCGGUCGGUUGGUACUUGCCCUGGAGGGAGGUCAUGACCUCACAGCCAUUUGUGAUGCGUCUGAAGCCUGCGUCUCUGCUCUGCUUGGUAAUGAGUUGGAGCCCAUCUCAGAUGAUGUGUUGCAUCAAAGACCACACACCAAUGCUGUCCACUCAAUGGAGAAAGUUCUUGAAGCUCACAGUAAAUACUGGCGCUCAUUACAACGUUCGGCCUCCAUGCUUGGAUGCUCUUUGAGCGAAUCCCUAAGGCGUGAUGCUGAGGAGGCUGAGACUGUCUCUGCUAUGGCUUCACUAUCUGUUGCCAACAAGCACAUUGGAGAGAAGGCUGAAGAGGAACCGAUGGAAGAGGAAGGUCUCUUGUAAAGAGGCCUUGUUGGCUUUCGAGCACUGAGACUUUGUAUGAGAGUGUACUCACACAGCACAAUCUUCAUCGCAUUACCACUACUGCAACCGUGCUCUUGUCAUGCCAAGAUGCUGUCUGGCGAUGGUGGGCAAGUGGACACGCUGUGUUGGUGCAUUCUCUCAUUAACUGUGCGCAGCAUGGUUAGCAAAAACAGCGAUAUUAUCUACUCAGUACUACCUUCAUAUUCCAUCAUUUCGACAUUUAGUGCCAGUACUUUUCAAAAACUAAAUCCAUAUUCUUUGGUACUUUUUAGAAUGCCAGUCAAAAACAUGUACAGUUUGUGUUUUGCUGUAUUUUUUUUAAUAUUCCACACAUCCAUCCAAAUACAUCCAUCACAUUUUGAUUCUGCAUCAAGGAUGGAAUUUUCAAACUAUUGGAAAGAAUGGAACAUUUUCCAUUCCCAUGUCUGUAAGUUUUCUCAUUCCGGAAUUACUGACCGUUAAAGAAAUGCAUUUGUGCCUUUAGUUUUGCUAUUAUUCAACUAGUAUGAAUAGUUUGAGUACAGUAUGCCUUAAAACAGGUUCAAUUAAAUCCAAUCCGACCGCAUUAUUAUCUAAAAUGUCCGCAAGAUGUGUGCAUGUUAGUGGCACAGACUUAGCAUGUUUACCUUUAAUGCCCUGCAGCACAUUUCUCCUUUCAGUUUCAUUUGUAUCUAAUCUUGGAAGGUGAAAUCCAGCCAUCCAUUUCAGUCUUAAAAUCCCCAAACUACAUUUAAGUUGGGCAAAUGUCAAGUAGCAUGUACUGUAAGACCUGUGAAAAGUACAAUCUUGUCUUUGCAUUGUGUAGAAUGUCACUUAUCAAUUCACCUAAUGUCAACAUCUUGUUAAAAAGAGACCCCCGUGAAUAUUUCAACAUGUGAGGAUGGAAAUGUGAGUUUUUGACAACAUUGUUUCCAUAAUAACAAGGACCAAACCACCAGAGAGUUUCCAGAGGGGUGCAGCAAGGCCGCACAAGCACAGCUGCUUGGACAUCUGCUCCCCAAAUGUCAGGUGUUAGAGCACGUGGCAGGUGUGUGUACGUCUAUGCAGUUCACAGCACAUUUCCCAUGUUUUGGGGAGGUUUUUUUGUCCUUGCCCCAGAAUUAAAAAAAAAAUUUAGAUCAACAAACAAAUACAGAAUUUCAUUUAUUUUGAUUUUAUGAUGUAACAGUCUGUAGCUAUUUUGUAGAUUCCAUUUUUUGGGCAGCUACUUUCUUUCCUAUGUGUGACCUACAUUGUCAUCACAGGCUUAAUGAAUAUUGUCAGUAAACACAUCGUGACAUUCGUUGUUGUUUACUGGACUUUUGGACAUGACUGCCCUCAAUAUUCGUGCCACAUGCUUAUGACAAAUGACAUUCUUUCCAUUUUUCUCAGUCUUUGCAGGGAUGUUGAGUGAUGUUGAGUUUGUAUUUUUUAUCAUUUUGUAUAUUUUGUUUAUAUUGCCUUCUUGGUGUGUGUUACAUUGCGACAGAUGAGGGUUCUGACAUUUGGAAAAAUAACGUGCUGUUGUGGACUGAGGGUUUUUGUGGGAAAUGUUUCUACUUUGUAUACAAUUGUGUAUUUACUGUCUGUUCAUAGUAGAGUUAUAUAUGAAAAGAAAUGAUUAUAUUCUAUAACAAGUAUGAAUGCGUUCUUACGUGUCGUAGGCCCUUUGUCACUGAAGGCACCAUUUGCAGUCCUUGGUUUCAGUUUGUUGUUUGAUUGUGCUUUUUAUGAAUUAAUCUUUUGGUCUAUGAUGACAAGUUGUAGACAUUUUCAUUCCUGUGGCACCAGAUAUUUGUUGCCUUUACCCACCAAUCCUGCUUCACAUAUUCACGCUCAUACAGUGGAUCCUCGCAAAUAUGCGGGGAAAAAAUAUAUUUUAUUUUUGUAGUUUUUAUCUGAACUGACGGAACGACGUGACAUCGUCUGACUUGAGCAGGGUUAGCUCGUUGAAGCCUGACAACCAAAUGCUGGACUGUAACUCACGGUCCAUCUGUUUUAUCGAUCCUCAAACAUCAUCACUCAUUAGUGGUGCAUACCAAUACUUUUAUCGUUUCCAAUGUGAACCCGGAUUGAGCAUUUAGCUUGUUGGCUUCUGAGUGCACAGUGGCAGAGGGUUAUGUUGCUGAAUCAUAUAAUCACAACAGACAGCUUUAUUGCAAAUAAAGCAGCAGAGAGCAUGAAGGGCAUGCAAAUUUUUCAGUUAUCUACUCCCCGUUUUUGCCAUACGCUUGUUCGUGCCACUUCGUAACCCCCGCAAAAAGCCGGGAUCUACUGUAUUUGUACUUUUCCAAAUGUUCUUGUCUGUAGACUUUUGAUUGUAGAAAACAAUGCAUUUUAUAUGCCACCUGUUACAUUUUAGUAAUUCCAGAAACCUGAGACAAUAUUAAAUUUGAAUUUUACAAUUCAUGAACUUGACCCAUCUGAUUUAUUUAUGAAAUGAAACAAAGGACAGAAAACACAAAACGACACCCCCAACUCCACCCCAAUCCAACUCCACAACACCCAAGGACAAAUA